UUGGAGAAGUUGUUUCUUUUGUUCAUGAUCAGGGCUGAGCCGCAGGACAGCAGCGGAAGUUUGAGCUCAGAGUCUGUGAUGCGGCAGCAGCACUCUGCAGCGCUGCUCUUGUAGUGAACGGACGGCUGCGGGCAGAAACCAGGCGAGUUCCUCACAGUCACCCAUUAACGGGACAGAUCACAGACGCUGUCAACAAACAUGGAUUUGGAAAGUAAAGUGAAGAAGAUGACGUUGGGCCAUGAAGAAGGAUCUGGAGCUCCGUGCUUAAAAUGUAAGGAUAAGUGUGAGGGAUUUGAACUUCACUUUUGGAGGAAAAUCUGUAGAAAUUGCAAAUGUGGUCAAGAAGAACAUAAUGUUCUUUCAAAUAAUGAAGAUGAUCGUAAAGUCGGCAAGCUGUUUGAGGACACAAAGUAUACAACCCUUAUUGCAAAGUUGAAAACUGAUGGGGUUCCCACCUACAAGCGGAAUGUAAUGAUUUUGACUAAUCCUGUGGCAGCAAAGAAAGAUGUGUCCAUCAAUACGGUCACCUAUGAAUGGGCACCACCAGUGCAAAACCAAACACUAGCCAGGCGUUACAUGGAACUGAUUCCAAAGGAGAAACAGCCUGUGGCUGGCUCAGAGGGCGCGCAGUACAGGAAGAAACAGUUGGCUAAGCAGCUGCCGGCUCAUGAUCAGGAUCCUUCUAAGUGUCAUGAACUGUCUCCUAAUGAGGUGAAGCAGAUGGAGCAGUUUGUGAAGAAAUACAAAGAUGAAAUACUUGGUGUAGGAGACAUCAAGCUGCCCAAAGAAGUGGUGGCACAAGCGGGGGAGAAAGGUACACCUGACAAUGGGAAUCGGAGCACACUUGCAACUGUGAAGGGUGGAGAAAACCAGUCCGCAGCUCCACAGGGAUCUUCUUACUACUGCUUCCGUUGCAAGGAGAACAUGAAGGAAGGUGACCCUGCUGUUUAUGCAGAACGAGCUGGCUAUGACAAGCUAUGGCAUCCUUCUUGCUUCGUCUGUUUCACCUGCAGUGAACUUCUAGUUGACAUGAUCUACUUCUGGAAAAAAGGAAAGCUUUAUUGUGGCCGACAUUACUGUGAUAGUGAGAAGCCACGUUGUGGAGGUUGUGAUGAGCUGAUCUUCAGCAAUGAAUACACUCAAGCAGAAGGUCAGAACUGGCAUCUGAAACACUUUUGUUGCUUUGAUUGUGACUGUGUUCUGGCUGGGGAAAUUUACGUGAUGGUGAAUGAUAAACCGGUGUGUAAGCCGUGCUAUGUGAAGAACCAUGCUGUGACAUGCCAAGGUUGCCACAAUGCCAUUGACCCUGAAAUUCAGCGUGUGAGCUAUAGUGGAUUCCAUUGGCAUGCCACAACAGAAUGCUUUCUGUGUUCAUGCUGCAGCAAGUGUCUGAUUGGCCAGAAGUUUAUGCCAAUAGAGGGGAUGGUCUUCUGCUCUGUCGACUGCAAAAAGAAAAUGGCUUCCUAAAGAGAAAGUUGACAUAUUAUCUUUUAAAUAGCUACAGUUUGCUAUUUUUUACAAAUUUAUAUGAAAAAGCAAAUGAAAGCUCACUUUUUUUUUUUUCCAGAUGCAUAAAUAAAAAAUGUAAGAGACAAAAAUACAUCUUCACAAUCUUUGCAAGUGGCUUAAAACCAAAACUGCUGCUUGAUUUCAUACAGAACCACCACACAUUUUGUCAUUUAAAUAUCUAAUGUCUUUUAACAUGUCACUGCCACUUUAUUGUUUUAAUAACUUGUUUUCUGCAGUGCAGCACUUUAAUGUAAAUGUUCAGCUUUGUUGAGUGAGGGAAAGAUCUAUAUUUUUUAUUUUUUUUUUUUUAGUUCAUUUUACAGCAGCUGCAUAUUGCCAGACUUUUGUAGUUUAAGAAAUGCAUCCUAUGACGGGUUGGAACUUGCUUUAAUUACAAUGAGCAUUGAACACAUUACAUAGUGCCUUUUGUUUUCUCUACUAAAUGCUGGAAUUUGUGAGUUCAGUGGUAUACUAGCACUAAUACACAAUGUAUUAGCCAUCGGAACUCUUAAGUUUGUAUAUUACUUUUGCCUGCAAUUAGCAGGCAGUAUAAAUGCUGUGUGUUCUAUUACACUAGCACUCAGCCAUUCCUUGAAGAGAUAUUGGUGCUUGUGUGGCAGAAAUCUAAUGUUUACAUUGUUAUUUGCCAACAAAUAGCCGCUAAUAAACUCAAAGUUCCUGUGGCUAAUACAUGGGCUACUUAAAGAGGCAGACCCAACUAAACCAAACAGUAUUUCCAACAUUAAGUGCAUGGAAUUGUUUAUUUGUUUUUGUAGUUAAAGUUUAAUCUAAAACCAUGACUUCUAAGAAAGUUUACACAUUACAAUAAAAUUUGCCAGGCAAGUAUGUCCUAUAAAUCAUCCAGGUUGCUUUUGUGAUUUAGAGGAAGUGGCAUGCUUCCUGCUGAUUGUAUGAUCCCAUUGUAUGUCUCAGUAAGUGAUCGCAGUAAUGGAAACAACACAAUUAUUAUUUGCAUGCUGUUUACCAAAUGAAACUAUGCAAAUGUAAGCCUUCUAAAUUAUGUUGAUGUUUGUGCACUUUCAGAAAUUAAUUAAUAAAAGGGCUUUUGCUAACCUA